AGGUUAUGUGUAAUUUUGCCAUAGGAAGUAACAUUGAGGAUCUAUCCGCUAGCGUGAUAGAGACGGAGUUAAGAAAACAGGGCAUCAUUCCCGACGUCAUAGGAGAAAAGGACUCCCCCAAUCAUGUGAUUAAGAUUGCAUACACUUACCCCCAUAGUAAUUUGGAAGACGCAAGAGUUGUUAGUUUCGGAAACACCCUAAAGCCUUCACAUCUUUACGAAUAUCCAAAACAAAUUGAGUGGCCAGGAUAUUCUGAAAAGUAUUAUUCGCUCAUGAUGGUAGAUGUAGACGCUCCAUCCCGAUUAAACCCAUCUCAACGGGAGAAAAUCCAUUGGCUGAUAGUAAACAUACCAGGGCCGAAAGUCGUGUACGAUAAAGACAUUCUUUUCAACUACAUUGGUCCCCGGCCGACGCAAGGAACAGGGUUUCACAGAUACGUUUUUUUGGUUUACGAACAGCCAAGAGGAAAAAUGACUUUCAUCGAGCCACGGCUGUACACAAACUUACUCGACGUCCGACGUGAUAAUUUCUCGUGUAGUAAUUUUGCGAAGAAUUACAAUUUUAGCAGGCCUGUGGCUGUUAAUUUCUUUUUUUCCCGGAUACUUUGAGGUAGAAAAGGGAUAUCGAAUCACCGACUUAUAGCCCCCUGGUCGUCUGCCAAAUUCGCAGAAAGAGAGGGAAUUUUCAUGCCUGGUUUUCAAUUACAAAAUCUCGCAUUUCUCAUCCUUUCGCGGUCAACAAUACAUUGUAAAAACUUAAAAAAGAGCACCACACCUUAUGCUAAAUAAGUUGGUCGAUCUAUGAAGUACAAUGGAGUAAUAAAAGAAAAUAGCGGUAAUUAUAUCCCUGGCCAUGUAGCUGGUACGAUCUCUCCGAUAGUUGCAAUCAUACAUCGAUGGAUGGCGCACGUCAAACGUGUGGUUAACACUAGACGUUUAAAACUGGUGACUAAAGUUCCUGCGGAUCUCAGCCAUUCAUGACCUUGUGCAGAUAAGUUCAAUCGCAAAGAACGAUCUAAUUUCAAAUAACGAAUAUGAUAAUGCAAAUACUUUCAGUAAAAAUACCAUUCGAAACUACAAAGUUUUUUGGGUUUUUUCUUAAAACUUUCUUUCACACAAUUUCUCAAAUUUUUCUACUGCACUAUACUAGCCAUAGCGAGGUACGAAAUGAGCGAAUUAUAUUUCAAGUUCUAGAGAAGAAACGAUUAAAUUAUAAUCUUCAGAAAAUAAUCAGUGGAAAAUAUGGAAAUUAUAUUGAAAUUUUUGAGGAGUUUUUGUACGUGGGUAACAAGCUCCUCUGAUCUACGUCUUUGCGAGGAUUUUAAGGGUGGUUUCAAAAUAACUGGAAUAGUUUUGUCACCCUAACAGACAAAACAUUUUUGGUCAUAUUUUUAGUAGAAAUGAUAGUCACUCGAAUUUUUUCGCAUUAAUCUUCAAAGGGUUAUGUAUUAUAACACUUUCUAAUGACUUAUUGCUCUACUUCUCAAUUAAAAUUAUGUAAAUUCCGAAAAUGUGCUAUUCUGUUACGCGGUAAAAAAUUCAGCGUAAAAGACAACACAUUUUCGGCCAUUUAUACAUUAAAAUUGAAAAGUAGAGCGAUAAAUCUUUGAAAAGCGUUAUAACGCGUAACCCUGUGCAGAUUGAUGCAAGAGAUUAUCAUUACUACUAAAAAUUUGACCGAAAAAUGUGUUGUCUGUUACGGCGACAAAACUGUUCCAGUUAUCGUGAAACCAGCCUUAAACCCUUGAAAGUUCAAUUUGUAAACAUAACACCACUGCACAUACCAAUCAAGGAUCCACUUGUUAUGCAAUUCCAGAAUUAAUAAAGACACUUACAUCUCA